AUGGCUUCACCGGCGAGCAGGAACCAGAAGUCCAGGAAAUCCAAGUCCAAGCAUUCUCUGAAGGAGCUCAAAGCCCUUGGCCAACAAUUGCUCUCUUCCAGAAGCAACGUCAUCAACCUUCCCAUCCUCCUCAACUUCAUCUCCCCUGAAUUCCCUUCUCAAUACGUUUUCGAAUCCAUUCUCUCUCUUCAGUCCUCUUCACUCGUCGUGGGAAUUAAUUUAGGGCGGCUUCUCUUCGACGACGACCAGCAACGACGCACCAGGAUUCGUUUGGAUCUCGAUUUACCUUCUCGCCGCCUUCUCUUCGGCGACGACCAGGAUUCGUUCGGAUCCCGAUGA